AUGCAACGCAUCUGGCUUGUUUUUCUCGUAUCUUCGGCAAUCUUUGCUUCUGAAGAGGAGAGCGAGGAAUAUGUUGGCGAUGUCUGUGAAAAGCCAUGGCAAACUCAUGAAAUGAACAUUCUAGCCUCAUAUUCGCAAUGCUCUGUAUUUCAAGACGACGGUGUAAUUUGCACCCCAAACGACCCAAUUGAAUGCACCGGAAGAAAUCCCGUUUGUGUACUUUCCAAACUGACCGGUGACUAUCGUUGUUGCUCGGAUAUACCGCAAGAUCUUGGCAAUCCUCCAGGCAAUCCUGAACAGAUCAAGCCCAUAUGUCCAUACGGCGCUUCAUCUUAUGAUAUUCCAUCAGUGUUAUUGUGUGACCCAGAAGAAGAGAAUUCAUGCCCUGAGGAAUAUACUUGCGAACAAGCAUUAAAUCACAAAAUGACUGCUCCUCAUCACGCCCACCUGUGUUGCAAAACCUCAACUCUAGAAUCUUUUGAGAAUGUUUUUUAUGAGACUAAAGUAGGCAUCAACAAGAUGUCAGGAAAUCUAUCGAUGCCUCUUUUCUACGUCACGUCAAUUUCACCAUCCAUUAUUCCUCAUGCUCCAUUACGCGGCAUCGAUUUUGUCGUCCUUCAUGAGCAUGCUCAAACAAGCGGUAGCACUCCUCCAGAAAUCCGAACCGGUGACCACUUCUCCAUGCUUCCUUACCGCUUUAGAAAACCGGUCUAUCUUCGUAAGGUUGUCCUACUUCACGAUCAAAUGCUGCAUGAGUUUCAUCACGUACUCGUGCUCUACAAUCCACACGGCAAUCCAGAAGCCAUGCACUUCUACUACAACAGACCUACAACUCUUAGCCGUGAAAUAGACUUAACAGUACCAGCUUGGGAUGAAGGGAUAUUUUUCCGGAAUAUGAACAGAGUAUUAACAAUUCAAAGCGACCAAACUUCGACAAAACAAGUGCGAAAACUUUACAUAGUCUUAGUAUUUCAAACAAAAGUGCGACUCACAAGAAGAAAUCAACAGACUUGGCACGAUUUCACUGCAAACUACACGUCAUUUACGGACUUCCUGUCUAGCGAAACUGGGAAAUACCUCGGGGAUCCCGUAGCUGGCAGCUAUUUUUAUAUAACGAGUUAGCUGCAAAUCAGAUGGGAUUUACAGCUCACUGUUCAACCUCACCUGUGCUUGAUGAUUAUUUAUUUUUCCAUGAUAUAUGUCACAUACUAUGAGCAAUUCGUGGAAUGCAC